AAACUACAAAUCCCAACAUGCAUCUUUAAGCGCCUGACUUGCUCCUGCACAAAGGUCUCAAGUUUGUUGCUCCCACGGGGAUCUGGAGGACGGCGUCCACUUGCUGCUCUAAAAUUGAACCACAGGUUCCAUGAUGGGUCGACUUGAUGGGAAGAUCAUCGUCCUGACUGCUGCUGCUCAGGGGAUUGGGAGGGCAACUGCCAUAGCUUUUGCAAGAGAAGGUGCCAAAGUCAUAGCCACAGAUAUCAAUGAGUCCAAACUUCAGGAACUGGAAAAGUACCCUGGUAUUCAGAUUCGGGCCCUUGAUGUCACAAAGAAGAAACAAAUUGAUCAGUUUGCCAAUGAAGUUGAGAGACUUGAUGUUCUCUUUAAUGUUGCUGGUUUUGUCCAUCAUGGAACCAUCCUGGACUGUGAGGAGAAGGACUGGGACUUCUCGAUGAAUCUCAAUGUCCGCAGCAUGUACCUGAUGAUCAAGGCAUUUCUUCCUAAAAUGCUUGCACAGAAAUCUGGCAACAUUAUCAACAUGUCCUCUGUGGCUUCUAGCCUCAAAGGAGUUGUGAACAGAUGCGUGUACAGUACCACGAAGGCGGCUGUGAUUGGCCUCACAAAGUCUGUGGCUGCAGACUUCAUCCAGCAGGGCAUCAGGUGCAACUGUGUGUGUCCAGGAACAGUUGAUACCCCAUCUCUACAAGAAAGAAUACAAGCCAGACCAAAUCCUGAAGAGGCACUGAGCUCUUUCCUGAAGAGACAGAAGACUGGAAGAUUUGCAACCGCAGAAGAAGUAGCCCUCCUCUGUGUGUAUUUGGCUUCUGAUGAAUCUGCCUAUGUAACAGGUAAUCCUGUCAUCAUUGAUGGAGGCUGGAGCUUGUGAUUUUAAAAUCUCCUUGCUGGGAAGGCAGGCUCUUCCUGUCCACAGUGAACCUGGUUACAAAGAAAACUCACCCAUCAUGUCUCUCCUAUUAACAGCCUAUUAAUGAAAACAAGCCCUUUUUAAUGAUGUCUUUGCUCACAAGAGUCAGAUUCUUUAAAUAUAUUAAUCUCUUUCUAACCUCUUCUGAAAUUAUUAUAGGUAGACGACAUAAAAGAUAAUGAACUUCCUGCAAAUGAAGAGGUUUAACAUCAACCACAAUUUGUAAACAUAUAAAAUUAAAAUGUGAAUAUGAAAAAUGGAAGGUUUUUAAGAAAAAAGUAUUUGUAUUUUACUUCUAUUUCCCAAUAUUCAAAUAUUUCAUAUAAUUCUGCUUGGUCUGUACAUGGAUUCUAAUUUUAAAAUUUUACACCAUCAUAAAUGAACACAAGAUAGGAAAGAAUUUAGCUUCAGUGACUUACAUUAAAAAAGAGUUUAGAUUCAGAACUAUAUUGUUAAUCUGUUAUAUAAAAGAAAAAUAAUCAUCAAGUAUUUAUAUUUAACAGAUGUUACCACUCAUAAUUGAGUACUAUUUUCUUAGUUUAACUAAAAAAUCUUUAUUAAAAUAAAUAAUGACAUUGGCAUGGGCCUAAGAAAUUUACAGUGAACCAGCAGUAUUUUCAGUUUGAAUAUAGAUUAAGUGUAGAUUUUUUUCACCAAAUGCCAGGUUAACAGUAAGAGGACAUGAAAUUUAGAAACAGUCUCUGGAUACAUAAAUAUAAAUGAAUCAUAUAACAGGAAACAAAAUUAAAGAAAAUAAAAUUUUCAAGGGAUGGGUGAAAUAGAGAAUUAGGAAACACAAACUUCCAGUUAUAAAAUAAAUAAGUCACAGAGAUGAAAAGUACAGCAUAGGGAAUACAGUCAUUAAUAUUAUAAUAAUGUUGUAUAGGGACUAUACUUAAUCAUGAUGGGCACUGAAUAAUGUAUAGAAUUAUUGAAUCAAUUAUGUUUUACACCUGGAGUUAAUACAACAUUGUAUGUUAAUCAUAAUUCAAUAAGAAAUGGUUAAAAACAUUUUUUUUCAAGAAAAAUUUUAAGCAGAUUCAUGGUGAUAAUUGUAUAAGAGGUUAUUAGGAAGUUUUUUCUUUUUAUUUUAGUUUUAGGGUUUUAUGUUUGUUUUUUACUUGUUGCUACUUCAAAAGACCAAAUGGUAUGAUGCACAUAUAGAUAAUAAAUGAGCAGUUAUCCUUAGUCUUUCCUCUUAGAAACUUAAUUAACAACUAAUAUUAACAAGGAAAAUUUUGAAAUGGACAUUGAGAGGAUAACAUUUUAUGUGCGAGGAAGAGUAUUAUGUGAUUGAUGAAAAAAAGUUAAAAUUGACAGCAAAGGAUAUUUUGACCAGCAUUCCCAAAGAGUCCAUUGAUACAAGAUUUGUUUUGGGGUUCUGGACCAGGUUUCCACAACUGCAUCACAGAACGCUUGGUUUGUGACUAAACCAAGUCACCGUAUAUAUGUUAGAUUUUAGUAUUCUGGUUUGUGAAAUAAGGGAGCUGGGCCAAAUGACUUGGGUUUUUGUUUUGUUUUGUGUUUUGUUUUUGGUGUAUCAUAUUCAAAAUGCUGUAACUUCUUAUCAAGUGGAGUAGUGGAACAACGAAACUUACAAGUAUGUUAUGAAGUACUUCAUGCUGUGAGCAAGUAUACGGGUGUGUGUAUAACUAUGACAGAUGAAUUCUAAAUAAACAAAUGAUGAAUUCUUGAAAAUGAA